AUGGAUAAUGCAGCGAAAGAUCAGCGCAGGACGCGUAACCCCGAAGCAUUCAACUUCGAUUCGAGGCCGCUGCAGGGUGAGCUGGACAUGCAGGAGCGCCUGGCUCACUACGACGUAAGCGCCCAGGAAGUGGAGCGGGGCCUAAAGGACGUGGACGAACGCAUCGAGGACACCAAGCGAGAGAGCGACCAGGCGAGGGCCGAUGCACGCCUGGCCAGCGCUCAGGUCAGAGAACACUCGGACAAGAUCAAUCAGAUACAGGCCACCCUCAACGAGGCACAGGACAAGGCGCGGGCCCUCGAGGAGCAGCUCGCCCAGCAGCAGGCCCAGAUGGAGGCCGUCGAUCGCGAGAUCGAGGCGGCAUUGGAGGACCAGCGCAGCAAGCAGGAGGAGCACGCGCUCGUCGCCGGCAAGCUGAGCGAGCUCAAGCGCACGGCCGAGCGGCUCAAGCAGGAGAUGGACGACAUCAAGCGCGAGGAGGACACCCUCGCAGCCACCAUCGCCGACCUUCAGGACCGCCUCCGUCAAGAGAACUUCACUGCAGAGAAGAUCAAGGCGGAGAGCAAGCGGCUUGCCGAUGCGCUGCGUCGUCUCGAGGACAGGCUCCGUUCGGUGAGCGAGGAGACGCGCGAGGCCUCGGCCGAGCAGAAGGAGCUCGAGCAGGCCAUCGAGAACGCCGAAGACCUCAUCAACGAGCUGGAGAGCAGCUACCGCGAGGCCAGCGAGGAGAAGACACACCAGGAGGCCGAAGCUGCUCGCCUAGAUCAAGAGGCCGCCCAGCGGUGCGAGCAGGAGAUGGCGCAGCUCGACGCGGAGGAAGCCCAGCUGCAGCAAAAGCUCCACAGCACCCAGGACUACACUCGCACCGAGGGCCGCUGCCCCAAGCGCACGGUGACGGUGUCCCGCGAGGGCGAGAGACAGCAGAUCCGCGAUGCCAUCAACAAGAACCGACAGCGUCACAACCAGCUAACCUCGCAGCGCAACGAACACCGCCAGCGAGCCGACAGCAUGACGGAGAAGGCGCGCGAGGCCCGCAACAUCGCGAGGCGCGAGCUCAACCGCAUGAACGAGCUCCAGAGCAAGACCGGCCGCGCCAAGCAGAAGCUCAACACGGCGCAGGGCAAGCACAGGUCGGUCAGCCAGCAGCUCGUCGAGCUCAAGCAGAAGCUGAGCGCCACCAAGCACGAGCGCGAGCGCACCAUCACGGCGCAGGCGUCGCUCGAAGAGGACCACGCCGAAGUCCAGCUGCGCAUCCGGGCCAUGACCGAGGAGGCCAACGCCAAUAGCAACCAGCGGGACCAGCUGGGCCGCAAGCUGCAGGCCAUCACCGUUCAGCUCGAAGACGCCACGGCCAACUGCGAUGCGCUCGCGGCCGAGGUGAAGGACAAGGAGCGCGAGAUCCGCGAGAAGAAGGCCAAGACGGCCCUCAUUAGGCGCCAGAAGGACGGCGUGGUGAGCCAGCUCGCACGCCUGCAGGAGGAUCAGCGCUCGGCCGAGCGCCAGCUGCAGCAACAGAAGGACCUGCUCAACGUGGCCACCGCUGCGCGCGCCACGGCGCUGCGGAAGAAGGAGCAGCUCGACCAGCUGCUCAAGACCAUGCAGGACGCCAAGCGCGGCGCCGAAGCGUACUACCAACGCACAAGGCCCGCCAUCGUACGGCUGCGAGUGGAGGUGACCGCCCUCCAGCAGGUGCUGCGGCAGUCGGCCCAAGCCCAUUGGCCACCGCGGCGCGACCUGGAACUACUCGAGAAGGCCCAAAGCGACCUCGUCCAGCUCAUCGACCUUCUCCAGAAGGAGAUCAGAGCCCAGGAGCGGCGGCUGGCCGAGCUGGAGGAGGAGACCAUCGCGGCCGAAGACAAGGCUGAGGAGGAGCAGAAGAAGCUCGAAGAGCUGCAGGAGAAGAAGAAGCAGCUCGAGGAGGCCGAGGGCGAGCUGCAGGCCCAGAAGAAGGAGGCCGAGGCACAGUACCAGGCGGCGUGUGCUGCCCUGGACCAGGCACGGCGCGAGCUCGAGGCCGCGGCGGAGCAGGAGAGAAAACUGGCCGCGGAGCUCGCUGCGGUCGAGCGCGAGCUGCAGCAGGCCGAGCUCCAGCUGGCGGCGCUCGAGGAGAGGGUGCGGCUGCAGGAGAUCAAGUGCUACGAGUCCCAGAAAGUGAUCGAGGAAGUGGAGGCCAAGCGGGCCGAAGCGGCCGACGUGAUGAAGCGCGCGCAGGACGAGGCAGCGCGAAGGGAAGAAGAGCUGAUCGCUGCCAAGGAGGAUCUGAAAGCCGCCGAGGCAGCCGAAGAAGCCGCCCGAGCAGAAGAGGCCAAGGCGAAGCUCGAGCUGGCCAAGGUCGAGGCCGACCAGCGCGCCGCCGAGGAGCGCCAGAGGGCAGCCGAGCAGGAGGCGGCCCAGGCCCUCGCCGCGCUGGCAUCCGCUCAGCAGCGGCUCGAAGCCGCAAAGUCCAAGGCGGCCGAGCUCGGCCUCGUGUGCAGCCUUGUGCCCGCCGUACAGGGCCUCGGCGACACCUAUGUCAAGCAGGCCGCGUGGAAGGCCGAGGACAAGCACCGCAAGGAGGCGGCCCCGAGCGCUGCGCCUGCGGAUGGAUCCCAGACGGCCGCCACGCUGGCUCCAGUCGCGAUGGCCGGCGGCCCCGUUGGUGUGGCAGUCGCGGCCGCGAUCGCUGUCUUCAGUGCCGUGACGGCCCAGCUCAAGGCCCAGGCCGAGGCCGAGCUGAAGGCCGCCGAAGCUGACGUCAGCGCGGCGCAGGAGCGCGUCGGCCAGGCCAAGGCCAAGGAGGCGGAGUGCGCUGACGCGGCCUCGGCCGCCUCGGCCGCCACCGAUGUGGCCCGAAAGGGUCUCCAGCAGGCGGUCGAACUCGUGAGCGCCAAGACUACCCUCCGACGAGGGGCUGAGGGCUCCAUGGAGAGCGCCAAGGCCAGGCGCAACGUCGCGCGACAGAACGAGACGAGAACAGUCGACGCGCAUUCGCGGCUCGAGGCCGACAGCAAGGCAGCGGCAGUGUACGACCAGAAGCUAAAGGAGGCGCUGGUCGAGGCCAAGCUCAGGCGCGACGAGCGCAGGGCGAUCCGGGCCGACCUGGCCCAGCAGCACCGGGAAGCCCAGGCCGCGCACCGGCGGGCACAGGAGGGCCACGACGCGGCCAAGGCCGCCGUCGAACAGACGCGGCUUGGGCUAGACAAGGCCAGCGCCGACCUGCAGGCUGCGACCGCCGACUUGGCGAAGGUGACCCGCGAGAUCAACGCCUGUCAGCUCGAGAUUAGCUCGCAAAGGGAGAAGGUCAGGCGGGCGCAGAGGGAGCAGGAGCGGCUGGAGAGCGAGCAUCAGGCCAACAAGCGCCGACGCGAUGAACUGCAGCGACAGCUGGAGACCGUUCAGUUACAGCUGAGCAAGCAAGCCAAGGUCGUGGAGCACCGCAGGGCAGAGCCGCGCGAGCAGUGGCGCCGCACGCAAGACAAGCUCGACAACACCAAUGCCGCCCUGCGCAGGGAGAUGGAAGCGGCCAGCUCGAACACCCACUACCGUCCGCAGGUCUGCGCCCGGCCGGGCUGA